CGGAAAGCUACCACGUGAAAAGAGAAGUUGUCAUUAGUAAGUAUGCACCAAAGGAAUUGUAAGUAAGAAGGGGAAAAAAACGCGCCUAGUUAUUUCCAUGAUAUUGGCUUUUUUCGUAUUUCUUUCAUUAUCCGACUUUUAAUUUCUGGAUUUCGAUUACGAGUAUAGGAUUGGUAAACGAUUAUGACUACGAUUUAAGAUACUCACGACGACACGUAAACUUCAGACAAGAAUCCGUUUAAAUGUAUCACGCGACGCACGAUUGUUUGAUGCAAUAAAUAAAAAGUUAGUGCAAUAGACUGUGAACGAAGGAGAAACAGAAAGAAAAAGGGAGUUAAAGAACUAAAGAGAGGAGAAACGCGAACAAAAGUGGGAAAGCGAAAUAGAAGGAAGUAAGAGGGGGAGAAGAGAGGAAAUAUCGAAACGAUAAGAAUACGAUAACCAACUAUAGUUACUUUGAACACACGCGUAUUGCCUCGCUAAGCCUAACUCCGUUGCUCCUAGUUCUUGCUACAACAAAUAAAUAACAAAUUUUCCUUUAGGACCAAAGUAGAGCCAAUGAUGAACGCAUUGUAUGAUUUUAAUAUUGGUUGUGAAAGUAAAAACAAUCACGAUUGACGUGUGUUUUGAUAAAAAAGGAAAAAAAAAGAGAAAGACAAAGGGUGAAUCGCAAGUUACGAAUGUAAUUGUGUAGGAUUAAAAAAAAAAAAAAAUAAAAAGUUAAAUGGUCAAAGUCGAUAUGCAACAAAACGUUUUAAGUCAAGUAGAUGGAAGCGAACAACCGCAACAAGAGGAAGUUCAGCUGACCGAAUUAUUACCAGUGAAGCAAUCGCGAAUAAGGGAGAAUGAAAUUUUUAAACAUAUGAACACAAAAGCUGAUGCGACCGAUGCUUUCAAGAUACUCCGAAGUUUCACAACUGCCGAUAGUUGCUAUAACAACGAUGAACAUGAACUUUGCUCGCGAAAUUUGUCUCUUUGCCGAAAAAUCGAACAAAUUGAACAAGAGAAACAAGAGAAGGAUAAACAGUGGCGAGAAGAUAAACUGCGAAAGGGAAUUGCUGAGUACGAUAAACAAGUGAUCGAUAGCACCGAAAUCAGAAAAGAAAAAGAAAGAAACAAUGUUCGAAGAUUCGAAACUGAAUCGAAGACAAAGAACAGAAAAUACAAACAUUUCGAUAAAAAAUCGAUGAUUGGUUGUGUAGUAAAAUCUACGAAGAAAAGAACGAUCGUUCGUACGGUAGAAAAUACUAAAGAUCAAAGAGACGAAGGAAAUGGCGACGAUGGGAUGAAACACCGUUAUAAAUUAGGAGAAAACGCAUUUCUCGAAAAUGAGAGGGGAAAUUUCUUAUCGGAGAAUAACGAACAGAUAGAGUCAACGAUUUAUUUGGAUUUAGACAAGAAUAGUGAGUUAAAUGAUGACGUUUACAUGUUUCGUCGUGAGUUGAUAGAUGGGGAACAAGGACGGAAGGUAAACUUAAGAAACGUGGAAGAAACAUACGAAAACGAGAAGUCUGCGAAGACUACCGAUGGAACGUUAUUCAAUCGAAUAGCGAUUCCUUGUGGGACAUUGAUUGAAAAUAACAUUGAUGUAGCAGAAAAACGAUUUAUUACCACUGCUGAGAAAAAUGGCAUAUUUGAUACGAAAGUAUCAAACCCAAAAUUGUUACUGGAAGAUUCGACAAACGUAUCAAAUUGCAAAACGUUUCAUAUAACAACGAUGAGUUACCUUGCGGAGAAUAAAGUUAAUAAUAAUAAGGUUCAAGAUGAAGAGAAUCCUACGAAUCCAUUAUUCAGACCAGAAGCCUCCACCAGUAUAGUGGCUACCAAAUCGACGUCGUCAACGACAAUAUCAACAUCAACAUCAACGUCAUCGUCAUCAUCGUCGUCGUCAUCGUCGUCGUCGUCGUCGUCGUCGUCGUCGUCGUCGUCGUCAUCGCCAUCGUCAUCGUUGUCGUCAUCGUUGUCGUCGUCAUUGUUGUCAUCAUCAACGCCGCCGCCGUAUUCGAAGGAAGAGAAUACAAACGGCAGCGAGCGCGACCGCGGCAAGGAUCAAAAUACCGCUUUGCACGGUAUGAAAACUAAACAAGAGAAUCAGCAAAAAAGAUAUUGUUGCGUAGUGUGCGAGGCGCGAUUUAAAGGUAGUGGAGGUCUUCGUAACCACUAUAAGAUCGUACACGGUGCGGGACCAAUCUUCAAGUGUAACGAGUGUGGGAAAGAGUUCCCUUUAAAAGAAAGAUUAAAACUGCACGUAAGAACACAUACUGGCUUCAAGCCAUAUAAAUGUCCAGAAUGCGACAAGAGUUUCGCCAGAGGAGGACAACUGGUGCAGCAUCGACGUACUCACAGUCAGAUAAAACCGUACCGUUGCGGUUUGUGUUCUGGCACGUUCACCUGCGCUGCGAAUUUGGCGUUACAUGUAAAACGACACAACGGACAAAAGGAUCACAAGUGUGAAAUCUGUGGUCGUGCAUUCGUUCGGCGAGACGCUCUCAAGAAACAUUUAGAAUGUCUUCACAGAGACGUUAAAUCUUUUCUCUGUGUAAUCUGCAACAAGACGUUCAAGGGCCACCUACCUCAACACAUGAGAACGCAUGCACGUGAUCGGCCACACGGUUGUGCCACAUGUGGUCAAAGAUUUGCUCAAAAAUCUCAAUUGACUGUCCACCAGAGAACGCAUUCUGGACAAAGACCGUUUAGGUGUUUGGUUUGCUGGCAAGCAUUUGCGCACUCGACGGCACUUAAACUUCACACAAGAAGACACACUGGCGAAAGACCGUUCAAGUGUGCCGAAUGUAACGCUGGUUUCACGCAACUACCCCAUUGGAAAAAACACAUGAAAUGUAUCCAUGGCAGAAAUGAGCCGUACGCUUGCAAAAAGUGUACGAGUUUCUUCAGAAUUAAAAAUGAUCUGGAAUGUCACGAAAGAGCUUGUCAUCCUGAAUCCGAGACUGAACACGACGUUCCGAGUACUCAAACCUCAGAUUUAAUCACAAACACGAUCAUGCCAACAUCUAUUUCCAUGGCUUUACAACCGACAGCGACCCUGCUUUCCAAUGAAAUAAACAGCGAUAAAUCCUCGCCGUCGCCCUCCAAAUAUAGAAUAAUGACUGUCGAGAGGAUGAGAUUGUUGCUCGCUGUACUUCUUAAAAGAAUCAGCAAGCAAGAAAGACUGGACGAACUAGGCUUUGGUAAACGACUGAUCGACCAAGUUCUUUACGAUUCUCUGAUAUCCGCUGGCAAAGAUCCAGUGGCAAACAACGGUUUAUCCGAACUUGAAACACUCACCAAGAAUCUCGAGAUAUUCCUCAAAUGGACUGUACCUAAAGAACAUUGGGAACAUUUUCGCAAAUUGAAUAAAACUCCCGAAGAUAUUUUGGAAACACUGACUGCUACUUAAAUCAAAAUCCUACUCGUUUUAACAUCAUCUACGUGGCAAUCGCUGGUAUAUAUUUACCAAAGACUAACAAAAAUACCGGUCGAUACCUCAAAUCCUUUCGAAAUUACGAUCUGAUCCUGAUUCUAAAGCAGAGGCUUUUUAAAUCCAAGACUGCCUUUCUUCAAUCGCAGACGAUCUUUGUACCAAGUCCUAUAUUAUUAUAUUUUCCUUCGAAAAUGAUUACAUAGAUGGACAGUGGGUAGAUAUAGGUACAGGUGAACAAAUAACAGAAGAUUUCAAGUAACUAAGCGAAACGAUACGUAUCUGUCAGUGAACAGGCUACCUAGUAAUAAUAAUCUAAUUUUAAGAGACGAAACCAUUAGUGAUUACUUAUUAGAAUUUCGAUGCACAGACGUUCUUUCAUAUAGUAUAAAAUUAGUACUUGCUAGUCCAAAGUGCAAAACGUAAUAUUCCUAAUAAUAGGCAAACGACUUGUUAUAAUCACCGUUUCUGCUUCUGCCGUUUUAUUCUUCUUUCCGUAUUAUGAAAAAUCAAAUAUAAAAUCGAUUUACGACAUAGCAUGCAUUUUAAUGAUAUUCAGAAUUAGUUUUACACUGACUACGUUUUGUAAAAGUAAUAAUACCGAGUUGUGUAAAAACUAAUAGACUUGAUAAAUACUUUAAUAUCUCGUCAUCUAAAAUUUGAAAAGUCGGUAUUCAAUUUGCUUUGUGAUAAGUUAGUUAUAUGUACAUCGCGUGCCAUGUUGUUUGUUUGUACUGCAAAAACUCGUACGAACAAUAUAAAAAUACGUAGAUUUUAGACUUUUACGCAAAGUAUAAUGCGAUAAUAUACACGAUAUAUAAUUUUCGUUGUGAUUUAUGUGAUUCUAAGUGAUAUGAUACUUCACUUUCACUAGUUGUUCCUCGUUAACGAAUAUUUAAGUAUAUUUGCUACCUUACAGAUAUUUUUAACAGUCAACGGGCUACGUUUUCUUCAGGGUGCCAUGCGUCAUUCUAUUUCUUGCCCAUGGUAAUAUUAAUAACUUUUUUUUAUUUAUUAUAUAAUAUCGUCCAGAUGGGUGUACUACGUGCUGCUCAUUUUCAUCGCUUGUAUAAAAAUAAAAAUAUAUGAUGAUAUUAUGCAUGUUACGAUGAUGGCUAAUAUUAUCGAUUACGAACAACAAAUUGAAAGGUGUACGUAUGGCAAUAAAUUGAGAAUGCAUUUGUAUUUGCCGUAACGGGAGAUAUAUUUUGUUAAUGAUGACGAUGAUAAGUAAACAAGAAGGGAGAACGGGAGGAGACACAGAGAAAAUCAAUUAGAAAAUUUGUUGUUUUGUAAAUUAAUAUGUAGAUAUGUCCGAAUGAUGAUACGAGUAUAGUAGUUCAAGUUUUUGGGUAAUUUCUUACUUAAUUCGAAGAGGCUAAAUACCAACGUAGACUACUGUAUGUGUUUGUAGCAAUACAUAUAUUCCAUGAAUUAGACGUAAGCAUUUUAUAUUUAUACAUACAUUCAUUGUUGUGUGCAAGUUACUGCACAAGUAUAACGUUCAAGUUAAAAUGUAUAUAAACUUUAUUGAUUUUCCUUUGUGAUAUCUUUCUUGCCAUUAUUUUACUUUCUGUUUGUUUCUUUUUCCUAGAUUAUACGACACGUUAUUUUCAUUUGAAUAGAAAAUUUGUGAAAAGAGCAACAUUUUCGAUCUUUUUAUAGGAUCUUUUUCAAAUCUAAAAAAAGACGUGCGGUGCUACAUGGAACUCUGUUGUGUUCGUGGCCCCCUUGUCGAACGGGAGCCUUCCAAUACCUAAAAGCCUUAUAGUCGUUAUCGUUUCCUUUUCUCAUAUGUACGUUGUGUAAUUCUCGUUAGCGUAUAUUUGUUCGUUUCGGUGCGUAAAUCGUGCAUAUUAACGUUAAUAUGUUUAAUAAAUAUGCUCGUACGCAUAACACGCAAGUUCAUCUUUUAAAUAGGCAUAAGUAAAUGUGAGCAGACAAUAAUGAUUAAAGUUACAAAAUUAAUAUAGUUGAGGAGAAUAAAAAAUAUGUAUACACGUAUAUUACUAAUAUUACAUACGAUUAAAUAUGUUAUUUUGUUUUAUUAGUAUGCAAUACAAAUAGAAAAAUAUAUAAUUAAUUAUACAAUUGUGUAUAUUACGUAGUGCGAUAAUAUUAUACCGAGUAAUAAUUAUCAAUUUGUUAGAAAUAUUUCCAAUAUGUACAAUACCCAUAUGCGAAAAGGUACCACGUACUAGAUUAAUAUUUUAUAUUUUGUAAAUGUUUCAAGCAUUUUCUACAUAUAAUUACAUCGUGUUGAUUUCAUAGUUUUACGAGUUUUAGUUUAUGAAAACCGAUAAAAUCAAAUGUUUGUAUAGGUCAUUUCGUACGACAAAAUGAUCCGAUAAAAAUAAUUAUUUUCUAAUAGAUGGCGUUUGAAAAUUUGAAACAAAGAUCUCAACGAUAUCAUCCAUCAUUUAUUCGAUACGUGUCUACGUAUUCGUCUUAUAAAAAUUCAAGCAAGCGUAUGUAAGUACGAUAAGUUACUUACAUGACGUAUAUAUGUAUAUUGACAAGGACUACAGUCGGUUUGGGCUAGUCGCAUUGAAAUUUAUUCCAAAGAUGAGAAUCUACUUUCUGUUAUAGAAAUGCAAAUAAAGGUCAUAGAAGACACUGAAUAUAGAUCGAGGUCGUAAAGCACACUUACAUGAUUGUAAAUACGCAUAUAGAAUUCGAAGAAGGACUUCAAUGUUUCAAUGAUGGUGCUGUUUAAGUGCUCGAAUUGCUUUAUUUUAUAUACGUUAAACGGUGCCAAAGUGAAAUUUUUCAUUCAACAUUAUCUAUUGUGUGAUGAUCGAUUACCUGUGUUGUUAUAUUUUCCAUUUCUUUCAAUUAUGAACGAACUAUGUAUGUAAAGUCUGCGUUACAUUUAAUUACGUUCUAAUUAACGCGCGGAGAAUGGAUUAUUUCGAAACAUUUCGAAUUAUUAUUUUUAUUCGUUCUAGUGCCAUAACGUAUCCUACUUUAUUGUAUAGUCAAUUGUACAGUUAUUUCAAUAAAAUGCUUUUCUUCUUUAUUCAAAAAAUAUGUGCUUUAACAUGUAGGAAUAUAUGUAUACAAAUAGAGUAUUAUAGUAAAAUUAAUACUAAAAACGAUUGAAAUAUAUUUUGUAUAUCAUACCUGUAGCAACAAUAUUAUAUGUAAUACAAGUGAACAUAUAUUUUGAGCAA